AUGGCAAUAGUCUCCGCGCCUCGGCUGGUAGCGUGCUUGCUGAUCCUAGCGGUCGGAUUCAGCCACGUGGCGGGCAUCCGGUUCGAGGUGACGGCGUAUAGCAAGUGUCUCGGCGAGGAGGUUCAGGAGGGGACUCUUGUUGUCGCGACGUACCAAGUGGUGCCGAGCGGCGAGAGUAGCCCUCUCACCAAGAUCACCGCUAAGGUGACGUCCCCGUUUGGGCGGCAGCUGCACUGGCAGAGCGACGUGGAGGAGGGGCACUUCGGAUUCACGGCCAAGGAGUCGGGGCAGUUCAUGGCUUGCUUCUGGAUGCCACAUGGCACUCCAGGCAAGGAUUCCCUCAUGGUGGACCUGGAGUGGCGGUCAGGCGUGGCAGCCAAGGACUGGGAGAGCAUAGCGAAGAAGGAGAAGAUCGAUGGCAUGGGGUUGGAGCUGAGGAAGCUGGAUGAAACAGUGAGGGCCAUCCGAGAUGAAAUGACCUACUUCCGGGGGAGGGAGUCGGAGAUUCGAGAUUCUAAUGAGCUGACCAACGAGCGGGUGGCCUUCAUAACAAGUUUCGCUGCAGGCCAAUGGCGUGGCUCCUCCCAGUUUCUCGGCGAUUCCAUCGGCACCAGCUCAUUUGUAUCUGCUGUAUGGCGUAACGCGGGGUGGGACAGCUCGCUGACCCUCACCAGCCAGAGAAGCACGCCGAUCCUCCCCAAAACAGAGGCAGCUGGCUGGACUCGAAAAGGAGGCAAGUCAGCAGGAGGCAGCGGCGGCAAGACAGCCAAGCCCAAGGCCAAGUCGUGGAAAGAACGCCACGAGAAGUUCGUAAAGCCGUUUAUUCUUGACGUGUACAUUUCCAAGCGUUAUGUGAGCGCGAAAGUGAUGCAUAGGGUUACCAGCCGGGUGGUUUCGGUUGCGACUACGACCGCUCUUCGCGCCGCGUCGCACCCCCGCUUGCUUGUAACGUUCGUGUCGCUCCUCGCUCUGCUCCCUGGGGCUCGCAUCGGGUGCCACGCGUGGGGCCACGUCGGCCACGCGUUCACGUGCGCCAUUGCUCAGGCCCUGUUGACGGACGAGGCAGCAGCAGCAGUAGCGGCGCUGCUCCCUCCCGUGGCCAGGGGCAGCCUCCCUGCCGUGUGCUUGUGGGCUGAUGCGAUUGCGCACACCAAGGGGUGGGCCUGGUCCGCGCCUCUGCACUACAUUGAUACCCCUGACUUCGCUUGUUCCUACGAUGAACGCCGCGAUUGCGCCUUCGCCCAUCACCCCGGAGUGUGCGUUGCCAACGCUAUCAUCAACUACACAUCCCAGCUCCUCACUUACACUCCACAUUCCUCCACACAGCUCCAUUCUUCUCGCCAUCAUUCCAUCCCCACAUCCUCCCCCCAAUCCGCCUCUCCCUUCAAGCCUGCCAUUUUCACCACCUCCCCUCACCGCCGGAGUCUCCUUUUCAGAGGGGUAUAUGAGACAGAAUCUGGGGUGCUGUGGGGUGGUGAGGAGGAGGGAGACGGACAAGUGGGAGCAGGGGAGGAGGGUGAAGAGGAAGAGGAUAUGGUGCGGGUGGUAAAGGGAGUGGUUGGAGACGGUGCGUGGAGUGCAGCUCCUGCUGCUGCUGGUGCUGCUGCUGCUGGUGCUGCUGCUGCUGGUGCUGCUGCUGCUGCCAGUGGUGCUGCUAGUGAGCAACAAGCAGCACUGGAUGUGGGGUCCAUAAGACGCUACAACCUGACAGAGGCACUCAUGUUCCUCGCGCACUUUGCAGGGGACGUGCACCAGCCGCUGCAUGUGGGGUUCACAUCUGAUCUGGGCGGCAACAGGGUGCAUGUGACAUGGUUCAGGAGGAAGACCAACCUGCAUGCGGUGUGGGACAGCUUUAUCAUAGAUUCGGCCAUCCACCGGCGCUACAACGGCAGCAGCACCGCCAUGCUGCAUCACAUCGCCCACCAACUCGCCUCCGACUGGCCGCCCCUCAUCCCUGCCUGGGCCUCCUGCCCUGGAGACGUUCUUUCUCCUGCUGCUGCUGCUGCUGCUGCUGCUGCUGCUGCUGCUGCUGCUGCUGCUGCUAGUGCUUCUGGUGUUUCUGAUGAUGCUCAAAUCUCAUCGCAUCUUUCUCCUGCUCAGGCUGCUGCCUGCCCAGCUGUAUAUGCCAUGGAGAGUGCAAAGGAUGCAUGCAAGUGGGCCUAUCGCAACGCGACACCUGGAGCUGUGCUUGGAGAUGAGUACUUCGAUUCGCGCCUGCCCAUAGUGGAGAUGCGCAUUGCCAUGGGUGGGGUGCGCCUUGCUCGUAUUCUCAACCACAUCUUUGCUGCUCUUAGGCCUGUACAGUAA